GUGGCCACACGAAGCGAAAACAUUUUGGCAUUAAUUUGUAAAUUUACGUUCCGUCUGGCAGCACCUAGAAUAUUUAAAGUAGUAAAGUAUGAUUAUUCGAAGAUUUAGCAAUUUUGGAGCACGGAAUUUUGCAAAAGUGGUCCCCAAAAAUCUGAAAGGCAAAAGCAAAAGCUCUCAAGAAUGGCUAACGCGCCAACUGCGAGAUCCGUACGUGGAACGGGCCAAAAUGAUGAAUUAUCGGUGUCGAAGCGCUUUCAAGUUACUGGAAAUCGACGAAAAAUAUUGUCUCAUAAAACCGGGCCACACAGUCAUCGAUUGCGGUGCUGCCCCCGGCUCCUGGACACAAAUCGCGGUCAAGCAAUCGAACGCUGACGGUGCUUCCGUCGGUAAACCGAAGGGCAUGGUAAUCGGAGUGGAUCUGCUACAAAUCUAUCCGAUCGAGCACGCUGUUGUGUUCGGAAACAGCGACUUUCUGCGACCGGAAACGCAAGACAAGCUCCGAGCAACGUUGGGCGACCGACGGUUGGAUUGCGUGCUGUCGGACAUGGCACCGAACGCAACCGGAAUCCGUGCGUUGGACCAGGAGAAUAUAACCACCCUCUGCUACUCGGUUCUCCGGUUUGCCUUGUUAAUGUCCUCGCCCAAGGCGUCGCUACUAAUGAAAAUCUGGGACAACGGGGAUGUUCCCAAGCUGGAAAAGAGCAUCAACGAGUACUACGAUUCCGUGAAACGCGUAAAACCUCGCGCCAGUCGGGACGAUUCUUCGGAGAAUUUUAUUCUGGCUCGUGGCUUUCGAGGAAUCGAGCGCUAAAUGGCGACCGGGUAGUUUGGGUAGUUUUUUAGCUAACAAUUAAAAUUAGUCAAAUAUC